AUGCAUGUUUGGUUUAGUUUCGUGGAUGCAACAGUGGUAGAGGAGCAAGCUCGGAAGAAAAGGAAUCUCGAUCCCUGCGAAGUUGAUGCGGUGUUUACGCGUGCUGACCCUCACACUGUACAGAGCAGUUUACAGGCGGGCAAGUUGAAGAGAAUUACUCAGUUGGGAGGAAAUGAGAUGAUGCAUG